CGCUGGUUCCGCCCGCCUCUCCCCCCGAUUGGUCAGCUGACCUUCGGCCGGUCUGCUGACUGUCAAACCCCCUGAAGCCCGCACCGUGACCCGGACACCACCAGGCCGAGGCCGGUACCUGUGUCCCCGUCCCUGGAGCUCCUGACCCGGGCUGCUUCCUGACGCUCCUCUCCGCUGUCAUCUGUCACGGGACCUCCAGCCUCAACAAGCCGUGCUCGCUGCAUCGAGAGUCCGAUCCUGACACCCCGAUCCUCCCGUUCGUUGCUCUCCGAGGCCGGUCUUCUGGUGGACCGUAUCCCGAGCUUGUGUGACCCCCCCUCCCCCCGCCGGCCUCCAGCCCCGGCAGCUCCCGCUGGUCGUGAUGUCGGUGCUGGAGCUCGCCCUGCAGGGCCUGGCCGUGUUCGGCUUCAUCCUGUUCUUCGUGCUGUGGUUGAUGCACUUCAUGUCCAUCAUCUAUGUGCGUCUCCACCUCCACAAGAAAAGGUCGGAGGUCAAACAGCCGUUCAUGCAGCUCGCAGGAGUUUCUCUGCUGAAGCCUCUGAAGGGCGUAGACCCAAACCUCAUCUCCAACCUGGAGACGUUUUUCACUCUGGAUUACCCCAAGUAUGAGAUCCUGCUGUGCGUUCAGGAUCAAGAUGAUCCAGCUGUUGACGUCUGUAAAAAGUUGUUGGGCAAAUAUCCCAACGUAGACGCUCGAUUAUUCAUCGGGGGCAAGAAAGUUGGAAUCAACCCUAAGAUCAACAACCUGAUGCCGGGGUACGAAGGCGCCAAAUAUGGCCUGGUCUGGAUCUGUGACAGCGGCAUCAGAGUGAAACCAGACACCCUGACAGAUAUGACCAAUCAGAUGACGGAGAAGGUGGGAUUGGUCCAUGGGUUGCCAUAUGUUGCCGACCGCCAAGGCUUUGCUGCCACGCUCGAGCAGGUGUAUUUUGGGACGUCCCACCCUCGCUCAUACAUUUCGGCUAAUGUGACGGGGAUAAAGUGUGUGACAGGGAUGUCAUGUCUGAUGAGAAAGGAUGUGUUGGAUCAAGCUGGAGGGUUGGUCGCCUUCGCUCAGUACAUCGCAGAGGAUUAUUUCAUGGCUAAAGCAAUCGCUGACAGAGGAUGGAAGUUCUCCAUGGCGACACAGGUGGCGAUGCAGAAUUCGGGGUCGUACUCUAUUGGCCAAUUUCAGUCCCGCAUGAUCAGGUGGACGAAGCUGAGAAUAAACAUGCUGCCGGGCACGGUGCUGGAGCCUGUGUCCGAGUGCUUCCUUGCCAGCCUCAUCAUUGGCUGGGCCGCUCAUUAUGUGUUCAGGUGGGACAUGAUGGUCUUCUUCAUGUGUCACUGUUUGGCCUGGUUUAUAUUUGACUACAUCCAGCUGACCGGAGUGCAGGGCGGACCCCUCUGUUUCUCGAAGCUGGACUUCGCCGUGGCGUGGUUCAUCAGGGAAUCGAUGGCGGUGCAGAUCUUCCUCUCCGCUCUGUGGGACCCCACCAUCAGCUGGAGGACCGGACGCUACCGUCUGCGCUGCGGAGGCACCGCCGAGGAGAUCCUCGACGUCUAGUUACCAUGGCAACCUGCUGCCCCUCCACCUCCUCCUCCUCCUCCUCAUGAGAGAUAGAGGAGAGAGAGAGAGAGAGAGAGAGAGAGACUGAUGUUUGUUCCUGUUUUUUGAGGAAUACUGAAGAGUGUGUGUGUGUGUGUGUGUGUGUGUGUGUGUGUGUACAUGUGUGUGUGUGUGUACAUGUGUGUGUAACUAUUUAUGUUCCUUUUGGUGCUAAAACUAAAUGAUGCCAGAACAAGCCAAUGAGAGUGCAGGGAAGAAGAGGAAAAAAAUAAACAAGAGAAAAAAUGUGAGGGAGUGAUGCAUCGCACUGAAUCGUCUGAUCUUUGAUCAGUUCAUCACCCGGCUGCCAGAGAAAUCCAAUCAACCAAUCAGGAGGGAGGAGUCAAACUCCUCUCUCCUGAUUGGCUGUCGCCUCAAUGUUAAUGUUUGAAGUUUGUGAAGUUUUUUUUUUUUUAUGGACAUAAAUAUGAUUUAAAAAUAUGAAAUAAUAAUCGGAUGAAACGUGAAGAGUGGCGACGAGUCGGACAAACGUUUACGUGACGGCCACGACCUUGCCUCAUUAACAUUGAAAGACUCUCAAGUCACGCCGAUGGUUUUAAAAUGUGUCAGAUAAAGUGACGUUUUUUAAGUUAAUUUAAUAACUUUUUCAGAAAUAUUUUUGAGUUUUAAAAAUCCAGAGGCGGUGUCCGAUUUCAGGAUUUUAUUAAAUUAAAUUUUAGAAAAUCUGAACGGUAAAAACAUCAUCCCUGAAUAAAAAAAACUCUUCUGAUUUAAAAACAAACAUCAAUCAUCUUCCCUUUGUCAUUUUAUUUUGAAGGAUAUUUUCAUAAUAUUUAAAAAAUAAAACUUCAUGAACUUUCUUGUCCCUUCAAAAUAAAAGCAUUCGAACGUUGAGUUUCCAAACAAACUGUGAAAAAAUAAAUCUGCCAAUCAGAUCGGAGAAUCUUUGUCAAACUGUUUUAUAUAUUCCUUUUUAUCGUCCCGCCGUCAGCACAGCAAGCACUGAACAAAUUAGUAUUCUGACGUUUAAUGGUCCAAACAUUUCACCAAACAAUCAAUCAAUCACAGGACCAAAAAAAAAAA